CUGAGCUUGACAGAGAACAUUAAGAUCAUACUAGCUAAAUAUGUUUCAGACUGGAGAGAUGUAGAAUACAUUCCGCAGGAAAACAAUAUUUAAAACUAAUUGGAGAAGUUAAUUGUUGUGAAGUUCAACUAAGAAAGUGCAAAAUGACUCAGGUAGCAUUGACAAAUUCAACUGCGAUUGGUGGAUUAACUGCUAUCUAUAUGGCCAACUCAUUUAAAUAUGAAUAGUACCUGCUACUUUUCACUUAUAAAUGAAUUUGCCCUAAAAUAGCAGUUAUUCCGUCAGCUGACAGCUGGUGGUUGAAUUUGCAAAUGCUAGCUUUUUCUUCACAAACAGUUGGACAUUUAAAAAGGAUUUCGUCUAGAAUAACUGAUGACAGCGUUUUGUAAAUUACAGAUGAAAAAAACUAUUUAGAUGAGUAUAAAUGAUGUAUUUUGUGGUACACAAUUUGAGGGUGUAACAUUUUUUGCAAAAAACAAUAUCCAACAUUUGAACAUGGUUGGGGAAGAUACUUUUUGGAGCUCAAUGGAACAAAAUAACUCAUUGAGUAAAAUGCGAGGAAACGAGACUUGGAAUGCACAUCUUCUAAAACCCGAGCUACCAAGACAUCAAAUGAUUGUGCAUAUGUCGAUCGAAAUUCUCCUGAUUCUGCUGACUUGUUGUGGAAACAUUGUAGUUCUUAUAAGUAUCUGGUUACGUAGGAGUUUACAAACAGUAAACAACAUGUUUCUUGCAAGUCUAUCCCUCGCAGACUUAAUAAUGGGAACAUUUGCCUCACCACUUUCAGUUUACAUCCUUUACAUGGUACCAAUCGUAUAUGGUUCCCAUAUUCAGGAUAAAUGGCUUUGUACAUGCAGGUAUUUCGCAAUCUGUAUGUCUGUAGCGCCAUCUUUAUUUAGCCUUUCAGGGAUUGCUAUUGAUCGUUACAUAGCAGUGGUUUACCCAAUCAAGUAUCGAGAAACUGUUACUCGAACAUGGGCGGUGAUUUAUCUAAUAUUCAGCUGGAUUUACUGUACGAUAGGAUCAGCUAUGCUGUUUUACAAAAACAUGAUCAGCUUUGAUGACCCGGGGGACUUCUGCAGAACAAGAAUGGUAAUGCAUCCUGAUUUUUCAAUUAUCGUAAAAGCACAUCUAGGUGUUCUCUUUCUCAUUUGCUCCAUCUCUCACAUUACAAUAGCAUUUAUAGCGUACAAGCGUAAGAACGCAGUUGCUACUGAACUGAAUGUAACAAACAGUGACAUAAUGGUGCAAACCUACAAGAGACAGAAACGAAUCACAAGGACAAUGACAUUGAUCUGUGGUGUAUUUGUUUUGUGUUGGCUACCAUGGGUGAUCAUGUCUUUGAUUUCCCUAGAUGACUAUCCAAUGUGGUGGAAGUCAUUGUUUUACUUUACCGUUGAGCUGUCAUUUGCUGGUAGUGCAGUGAACCCAUGGAUUUAUGCUUACAGGCACCGGACCUUACGCAAGGCCAUGUUGAAUGUCUUGAAGUGUAAAUACAAAAGACUAACUGCUUCUGAAGUCAUAGCUUCAUCGUAAAACUCUGAGAGAGAUAAACACUUUUACUUGUGAGGUUACAUUUACAUGUAAGGUUAAUGUUUGGAAAAAUAUGUGAGAUAAACAUUAUAGGUUUGCUAUGGGGAAACCUAAAUUGGGCAAAUUUAUAAGGCUUACAUGUGAAUGAAGCAUUUGAGGUUAACCGAUGUGGCGGACAUGUGAGGCAAACCUCUAAAACUCACAUAUGAAGGGAACCUAUAACAAACAGAGAAGUAGCAAUAUUAACAGUAAAAUUGUGAACAUGUAACUGUCAGAAGUCAUAUUGAGUGUUUUUGAGAGAGACAUUAGAUAUCAAAGAUUUAUAUGAA